AUGAAUCAGACGUUUCUCGAAGUUUCGUGGAGUAAAUGCAAGGAUAAGAUGCAAGCUUACACCCAUCUAAUUGGUGAAUAUACGCCGGGUCUGGAUCAAAAAAAUGAUUACAAAGUGGGGGAAUUCAAGUUCGAUCUGGAGAUAUUUGACAAUAACAGUUUCAUAAUGGAUUUUGAGGCAGGAGUAGAACAUCUUUACAAUGCGGCAAAGAAGGGCCUUUCCUGCGUUAAAAAAGAAUCAUGGGAAAUCAAAAAUGGAGGUGAAGACCUGAAGGAUAAACGCCUGCUCGUUUUUCAUCUACUUCCGUCAAAUGCUACACAGUUGCCCAGAGGGAGUGGGUUUGAACCAGGAACUAAGCCAAAAUGUGAUCUCUUCAUCCGCUUUAACAAGCCAGACUAUGAAUUUCUUUAUGUUCCACCACCAACAACAUCUACAGUUACAACAACGACUAAAACAACAGCGGCAGGUACACAGCAAGGAAAUACUACACCUACACCAACAGCUAAAGUACAGGAAGUAAAGGACAGCGAAAAAGUAAGUAAAGUUUGGAUUGUAAUAAUUGUGAUUAUUGUUGAGGUAGUGGUUGUAAUUGGCGUUGGAUUCUCUGUCUGGUAUUACAUGGCAAAAAACAAAAGGAACUGA